AUGUGGAAUUGGAAGCGAAACGUGGCUAGUACAGAGGAGUGUGACGAGAAGCAAGCUUUGGAGGCCACAUUGAUGGGGUGUACUGUGACCGAUAGGAGUGAUACUUGGGUGUGGUAUAAUGGUAGAAUUAGAGAUUUUUCGGUCUCCGAGGUCAAGAAGUGGAUGAAGGGUUCGACCAAUAAUGGUGUUCAGUUUAGUUUCUCUUGGAGUAAGUGGGUGCCUCUCAAAUGUAACAUCUUUAUGUGGCGUCUUUUUUUGGAUCGGUUGCCUACAAAAAAAGCGCUGAUUAGGAGAAACAUUCAUGUGGAUAGCCCGUUAUGCUGUUGGUGUGAGAUAGAGGAAGAAAUGGCAGAACACAUUUUACUGGCUCUGGGGUUUCGGCCGGGGUUUGGAACGGGGUCUCCAGAUGGUGUCGUAUUCCAGAUAUUUUUGUUUUUCAUGUUAAAGACUUGGUCAAUUUGCAUGACUUAUGUGGGAUUGUUGGUGUUAAGAAGGCGGUGGUGUAGAGGGCGAUUAUAA